AGGUUAUUGGUUAGAAUAUAUAUAUAUAUACUUAUAAUCAGCUCCUAAUAUGCCUUUCUUUGCAAGCGUCCACUGAUUUCCACUCAAGCAACAUCAAAAUAUUUUUUGAUUUUUAGACUGCCUUGCAGCUGAAUUGGUACAUUUGCUCUGUUUCCCAUUCAUUUUAGAUUCGCUUCGAGUUGAAGUUCCAUGGUUCAGAGACUUGAUUCACCAAGUAUUUGUAUCUUAGUUGUUGCCUAUUCCUUCAGAUAACUGUCCUUAUACAAUGCACAACUUUUGGCAGUAAUCUGUUGUUUCUCAGUUCAAUCAAUUUCUUUCACCAUGGUCACAUCCUUUUGAUAUCAUUUGAUUGAUGUUAUUGUUUAUCUUGGAUUUGGGCUUUCAAACUCGCUUUGACAAGUGUUUUCUGAUUUCACUGAUUCUGAUGUGGGUCCAAUUUAAGACGCAUGUUCCAUUUAGUGUUCUGUUUUCUUGUAGGAUUUAUGGUUUCCUUGUAUCAAGUAAACCAAACCAAAGAAACCCAGUGUAUCCACACAGAUAUAGGAUUGGGAAGGGGGUAUGAUGUAAGCAAACCUUGCCUCUACCCCAAACCGUAGAGAGGUUGUUUCCUUGAAGACCCCCCACUUCCAAAAUAAAAGCAAAAAACAUAGCAAGCAUUUGAAGUACUACGUAGCCAAUUGUGUGAUCAACGGCAUAAUGGUCCUAGGGAGAUUAGCAUCGCAAAUAUCUACAGUGGUUCAAGGGAAAGAUAAGCCUACAUAUACGCCUAAUCGUGAUGAUGGAGAUAUGUGCAUCGUGCUUAAUGCUAAAGACAUAUGCGUCACCGGGAGAAAACUCACUGAUAAAUAUUACCGGUGGCACACCGGGUAUAUAGGCCACCUCAAGGAAAGGAGUUUGAAGGAUCAAAUGGCCAAGGAUCCUACAGAAGUCAUUCGGAAAGCUGUUCUACGUAUGCUCCCGAGAAAUAAACUGCGUGACGAUAGAGAUCGUAAACUGAGAAUAUUUGCUGGCGGUGAGCACCCGUUUGGCGACAAGCCCCUUGAACCGUAUGUGAUGCCACCUCGACAAGUACGUGAAAUGCGUCCACGUGCAAGACGAGCAAUGGUUCGAGCUCAAAAGAAGGCUGAGCAACAAGAAGGUGGUCAAAAUAUAAGCAAAGGCAAAAAAAGAGAAGAAGCAGAAGCAAGUACCUGAAUUCCUCGACCAAUUAAUAUGGAAACAAAGCAUCAUAAAGUGGUUACGUUUUCUUUUGCCUGCUUUUAUUUGUAUGAUGUUGCUUUAUUUUAAUCUGCUUUUCAAAAUUUUAUCAUAUUUGGCUCUCUUUUUUACACUUGCAGGUUUUUAUGGAAACAAUUAUCUACC